UUCAAGGUAUUUUCUGUAGAAAGGUUUAAGAAGUUCAUCUUCAUCAAUCAAUUCCGACGUUUCGGCCUCUCCUUCUCUAGAGACGAACAGACGGUGGGGGCAAGCAGACUAAGAUAUCCAAGGCAAUCAAGGUUCUUUAAUCUCAAGCCUUUUCUUCUCGGGGAUAUCGUUAUUCCACCUAUUGUUUGUUCUAUCAACCGAACUUCAUUUUGAGCCACAAUGAAUUCGUAGAACAGUGACGAAUCCGACAAUAAAAUUUCGCUUAUUUUAUUCUGUUCUUUGGAUCUGAAAGAGUAAUCUGAACCUAGUUCUGUUUAUCUCUUGCUGCUCUAUAUUCUGAAUCUAGCAGUUAGAACUUUUCUGCUUUGAAAUCUUUGCCUACAAGCUCAAUUUUCUCCAUAAAAUGGCAUUGGUUGUGGUCUGUGGCCAGCCAUGCAGUGGGAAGUCCACUGCGGCACUCUGCUUAGCUGAAGCUCUCAAGGAAUCAAAUGUAAAGCAAGCUGUAAAGAUAAUCAAUGAAACUUCUUUUCAUCUCGACCGCAAUCAGAGCUAUGCCGAUAUGCCUGCCGAAAAGAAUUUAAGGGGAGUUCUCAGAUCUGAAGUCGACCGAUCUGUAUCGGAAGACAACAUUGUCAUUGUAGACUCUUUGAAUAGUAUAAAGGGUUAUAGGUACGAGCUGUGGUGUUUGGCUCGUGGAGCUGGAAUUAGGUACUGUGUUCUGUACUGUGAUGUGGAAGAAACACAUUGUAGGAAGUGGAACGACGAGCGGCGAGAGAACGGAGAAGCUAACUACGAUGAUAAGAUAUUUGAAGAUCUGGUGAGAAGGUUUGAGAGACCAAUUAGUAGGAAUAGAUGGGACUCGCCAUUGUUCGAGUUGUUGCCACAUAAAGAUGGAAUAGAGAAAUCAUCUACUGUCAUUCUAGAUGCUGUAUCAUACUUGACAAAAGAGGUUGACUCGAAGUCGAGGGAUGUAAAGAUCUUACAGCCAACGAUCGCGACUCGGAGUACUCGAUUAUCGGAGGCGAAUUCUUUGUAUGAGUUGGACAAAGCAACACACGAAGUGGUUAAUGCUAUAGUAGAAGCGCAAGGCCAAGCAAUGGGAGGACCUCUGAAUGGUGUCCCUCUGGGUCAGGAUUUGCCAACCAUCAAUAUUUCAAAGUCGGUCGGCCUUCCCGAGCUUCGGAGGCUACGGAGAACGUUCAUUAAACUAACAGGGCAAACUAGUUUAAGUGGACCACCGCCACCUUGUGAUGCAGCAAGUGCUAAGAGGAUGUUCGUUGACUACCUGAAUAGGGAACUGGGGACAGCUUGAACCAGAUUAACCUGAAUGAUACUCGGAGUUCCCAAAAUGUUGGUGAUCGAGGAGGGUUCAAAUCUUUGAUCUUUUCAUCAAGAUUAUAUGUCUUAACUAGUUGAGUUUUACUUUGAGUUGAGUUCAAUAAUGUUUGAAAUUGAAGAGGAGGGUUCGAAUCUCUGACCCUUCGUCAAGAUUAUGUCUUAACUAGUUGAGUUAAGGAACUUGGGUGUGUGUCUUGUCGAAAUGAAAUUGCCUUAUCUUUU